AUGCCAGUGGCAAGACCUGAGACAUCGGAUUCCAGAGUGAUUGCUCAUGUAGACAUGGACUGCUUCUACGUUCAAGUGGAGCAAAGAAAAAAUCCGGAGUUAAGGGGAUUACCUACGGCUGUGGUGCAAUAUAACUCGUGGCAUGGUGGGGGCUUGAUUGCUGUCAGCUAUGAGGCCCGGAAAUUUGGUGUGAAACGUUCAAUGCGCGGUGAUGAAUCAAAAAGAGUCUGCCCAGAAAUUCAGCUGGUUCAAGUCCCUGUUGCACGCGGUAAAGCUGACCUGAACACAUUCCGGAAUGCAGGUUCAGAGGUUGUUUCUAUUUUAUCAAGGAAGGGUCGAUGUGAGAGGGCUUCAAUUGAUGAAGUGUAUCUCGACCUUACUGAUGCAGCUGAAACUAUGUUAGCUGAAGCUCCUCCAGAAAGCUUGGAAGCAAUUGAGGAGGAAGCUCUCAAGUCACAUGUUUUGGGACUUGAUAAUGAGGAUGGCAGUGAAGCAAAAGAAAAUGUGAGGAAAUGGGUUUGCAGUAGCAAUGCUGAUCGCCGUGAUAAGCUAUUAGCUUGUGGGGCUCUCAUUGUUGCAGAACUUAGGUUGCUAGUAUUGAAGGAGACAGAAUUUACUUGUUCAGCUGGCAUUGCUCAUAAUAAGAUGCUGGCCAAACUUGCAAGUGGUAUGAAUAAACCUGCACAACAAACUGUUGUGCCGUUGUCAUCUGUGAAAGGAUUGCUAGAGUCCUUGCCAAUCAAGAAAAUGAAACAGCUUGGAGGAAAGCUGGGGAGUUCUGUACAGACUGACCUGGGUGUUAACACUGUCGGAGAUUUGUUGCAGUUUUCAGAGGAAAAGCUACAGCAGCGCUAUGGAAUCAAAACCGGUACCUGGUUAUGGAAUAUUGCAAGGGGGAUAAGUGGCGAAGAAGUUGAGGGGCGCCUUCUUCCAAAGAGCCAUGGUUCAGGGAAGACAUUUCCUGGACCUCAGGCUUUGAAGACGAUUUCUUCUGUUCAACACUGGCUUAAUGAACUUUGUGAAGAAUUGAGUGAACGUCUUCAAUUGGACCUGCAUGAAAACAAACGUAUCGCUCAUACACUAACGCUGCAUGCCAGCGCAUACAAGGCCAGUGAUUCAGAUUCACACAAGAAGUUCCCUUCUAAAUCGUGCCCCCUAAGGUAUGGGGCUGCCAAGAUACAAGAAGAUGCUUUUAAUCUAUUUCAAGCUGCAUUACGUGAAUACUUGGGUUUAUUCACAGUCAAAACCCAAGGAAGUCACAAUAACCAAUGGGGAAUUACAUCCCUUUCAGUUUCAGCAAGUAAAAUUGUUCCCAUACCAUCAGGAACAGCUUCAAUUACAAAAUACUUUCAUGGUCAUCAGCCAUCCUCUUCGACAAAGCAAUUACACGAUAAUUUCAUUGAAGAAUCUGCUCCUCCAUCACCUUCAGGUAAUGAGAACUACUCAGAACUGAAUGUAAAUAAGCCGCAGAUCGAAUUACCUUGUGAAGAAACUAGGAUCAAGUAUGCUGAUCCUAGUUUGCAUAGACCGGAGGACAAAAACGAUUUGUUGAAUGACCAGAUUCCAUGUUGCUCUUCGGAAAAUCAAGCAGAAGAUGAAUCCAUCCACAAAAGUUUAACCUUGUCAACCUCAGGGAGUGAAACCCGCUCAGGAGUGAAUCAGAGUCAGGCUAGUCAGCUAACGAAAAUUCAUUCUGGUGACCAUUCCUUUAAAUUGAACAUGCGUGGUUUCAAUAAACAGGAGCAGAAAAGGAAGACGGUGAAAGAUAAGGGAACCUCAUCAAUAUUGAGAUUUUUUAAGAACCAAGAUCCAUCUUCUGCUCCACAGAAGCUAGAACAUGUAGAAAAUACUGAAGAUGUUAAAGCACCACUAUCUGUUGGCCCUCAGUCUAAAAGUGAUAAUUGUUUGGAACAUAACCAAUCUGAGAUCCCAAAAGAAAGGCCUGUUGAAGAAACUGGGACUUCUACUGCGCCUGGUUCAGCUCAAUUUGAACAAGGAAGGGGAGUAUGGAGUUACAAUACUGACGAAAUUGACCCCUCUGUGAUUGAUGAGUUGCCACCAGAAAUUCAACAAGAACUUCGUGCUUGGCUGAGGCCUCACAAGCGGCAAAAUGUAGUGAAACGGGGUUCUAGUAUUGCCGAUUAUUUCUUACCCACAAGGAAUGCGUAG